AUGUAGGCAAGAUUGCAUUGAGGAAGACAAUCCCUAUUGUAGAUAAGCUCAAUAUGGUGACGCAGGAUCAAGAUAAUUUGGAGGAGGAAGUAGGUGAAAUGAAGAAAAGCCUAGUAGACCUCCAUAUGAAGGUUAAUUUUAUUGUAGAAAAGCAAGGGGAACAGGGGGUUGUGGAUCCACCAACAAUACCUCCAUUUAAAUCUAGUCGUGCUUUGUUGCCUGAUUUGAUACAUAUUGGCAAGAGAUGUGAUCUUUGCAAUUGGAAGAAAUGGGUAGUUGCUUGUGGUGAGGUGCAUGAAGUUGAUCCAACUACCCAUGUCCAUGGAGCAUAUCUGUGCAAAGGAAAUUUUAGUGUUGUCUUGAUCAAGAUUAAAGCUUCGCACGCAGAGUUGUGAAAGGAAGAUGAUUAUCAUAAUAAACUUGGAGAGGUCGGCAUAGGAGGAUUUGUUAUUUGGCCCAAGCUAUUUCUAACCAUUUAUCCAUGAUGUUCAUGAUUAGACAUUACAAAAACUGAGACAAUUUACUUUUAUUUUCAAACUAUAUGGUAACAU